UGAGGCUGCUGCUCCUGACUGUCACGUGAGGUCAGCGCUACGCGUCACGUGACGGGCAAGAUGGCGGCGCCCAGCGGAGAACGCGGAGUGUGAAGCUCGUGUGACAAAUCCCGCGAGUCCCGGAGCGAUCGGAUUUUAUCGGCUCGUGUGGGAUUAGAAGUCAGGGAAUAUCACAAUGUCUGAGAGCACAAGCAGCACAGAGAGAGAACUUCUUACGAUGAAUCCUCCCGUGAAACAAGGACAGAGGCUUACGAGGGAAAAUAUUAUUGAGUUUCUGGCCGAAAGGUUUAAUCGGCUUCCUGAAAAUGAGAGGAAGCUCUUUACAUACGGAUCCAUUUACCUGGGAAUAAACAGCGCAUUCGCCGGUCUCAUAGCCAAUAGUCUGUUCAGGCGCAUUCUCCAUGUCUCCCAAGCUUGGUUCUCUUCCAGUCUGCCCAUGGCAGUUCUACCGUUCCUCACUUCAGUGGCCAUCUACAACGCUACAGUGACCACCCCCAUGCUUACAGGUGACCUGAAUUGUGCCACCUGUGCAGUAGUGAGGGGUGGAUUGAUUGGCACCGUUGCUGGAGGCUUGUACCCAAUUCUUUUGGCUUUGCCCGUGAACGGAGGACUUGCUGCCCGGUACCAGACGACCCCUUUGCCAGAGAAAGGGAAUAUUUUGCGCUUUUGGACCACCGUGUCCCAGCCAGUUCUGAAGAAGAUGAGCUUCGUCUUAAUCCUUCAGGCCAUGUUUGGGGUUUACAUCAGUUCGCGCCAUUAUACUAUAUAUGAGCAGAUGCUAAAACUGCCGCCUCCCGGAACUGACCUUGAGGAGCUGCCAGAGUAAUUGUUUUUUUUUGUUUUUUAAUUUACGUUCGUGAGGAGGUGUCCAAAAAACUCAGAAAUAAAAGUUGCAUCUAAACAUAA